AUGGCGGACGAAGAGCAACAACCACAACAAGAGCAGCUGUCCGCGCAGUCGCCUGCUCCCGAAGAGAGCGAGCCUGUUGCCCCCGAGGCUGAGGCAGCUGUGCCCGUCGACGAGGCAGGAGCAGCAGCACCGAUAACAGAAGAUGACACCGAACAGCCCGUCGCCGAGACCGAAGGAGAGGCAGCGGGCGACAUUGAUGCAAUUCCGGCGUCCGAUCCGGAGCACCUCACCGCCGUCGUCCGCGGCGAGGAUACAGCAGCGGCAGCACGCACUGCAGCCAUCUUUGAUGAAGAUGACGAAGACGUUGACCAAGCUGCAGAUGAUGAACUCCCGAGUUUCCGCCGACGCGAAGCACGCGAGGCAAACAACGAUGCCGACGACCCAGAUGCGACCAUCCUGCGCAAGAAGAAGAAGAAGCGUCAGCACAGUCCCGAGGAGGAGGGUUCGGCGAGACGAAACGGCGACGACGAUGUUCAAGUGGAGCACCAGCAGGAGGAGGAUCCGUACGUCAACAUGACUGAAGCAGAGAACAGGAUGAUCGACGAAGCCUUGCGAGCAGGCAAGAAGAAGGCGCCGCGCAAACGAGCCGGUGAAGACGAUCUCGACCUGCUGGCCGACGAAGAGGUCGCCGCGCUACGCCGAGAAAUGGUCACAGCCGCCGACGACGAUGAAGAGGCGAAUCGUCUCAAGAAACCGGCGACCAACAAGCUCAAGCUCCUACCCAAAGUUGUCGCCACACUGCAGAAGAACCACCUGCAGCAGUCGAUCCUGGACAACAACUUGCUGGAGGGAGUCAAGCGCUGGCUCGAGCCGCUGCCGGAUAAGAGUUUGCCGGCGCUUAACAUCCAGCACCAAUUCUUCCAGAUUCUGGAGCGCAUGACGAUCGAUACGAUCUCGCUCAAGAUGAGCGGGUUGGGCAAGGUGGUAGUUUUCUACAGUUUGUGUUCGCGCGUCGAGGCCAAGAUCAAGCGGUCGGCGGAGCAUCUGAUCGAGAUCUGGUCGCGGCCGGUGCUGAAGCGCUCCAGUAGCUAUCGCGAUCGACACGUGGCGUCGGCGGAAUGGGCACCGGAUCCGCUCUCUCAACGCGCUGUCCCGCGUCUCGCCACCGCCACCCCGGGGUCUGAGAACAGGAGGAACGUGGGCAUUCCGCAGGCCGUCACCGCCGGGUUCAGGGUCGCACCCCAGUCGAGCGCUGGCCAGAGGAGCGACUCGAACCACCAGGCGCGCAUGGCCAACCACAAGCGCCUGAACCAGUUCAAGUCCAGACUGAAGGAGGCCAAGCGUUGA